UUAGGGUUUUAUGUAUUAUCACCAAAACCUACAUUUUCAAAGUUUUUGGGUCAAGCAAAGCGAGUAUUACAGGUUGAGUUGCAUUUCAGUCUCUCCCUGGGGUUGCGGCGUCUACAAAAUUCGGAGAGAUGGGUUUUUCGAAAGGGCAACUUUUUGAACGCUUACAGGCUCAACAGAUAAAAUUUUCGCAGUAUGAGCAUCCUGUAGUGAUGACUGUUGAAGCCCAGGCCAAGUAUGUUGGACAUAUGAAAGGUGGAUUGAGUAAAAACUUAUUCCUAAAGGAUAAGAAGCACAGAUUUUAUAUUGUUUCAGCCUUGGCUGAUACCACAGUAGACCUAAAAGUUCUAUCUCAAAGGCUUGGGCUUGGAAAAGGAGGGGUGAGAAUGGCACCUGAAGAAGCAGUUGGAGAAAUACUUCAGGUGCCUCUAGGGUGUGUUACUCCAUUUGCACUUGUGAAUGAGUCAGCUAAGAAUGUUUCGUUGUUGUUGGAUCAAGGUUUCAAAACUCAGGAGUGCUGCUUCUUCCAUCCACUCUCCAACGAUACAACCAUCUCCCUUCACAUAAAGGAUCUUGACAGGUUUCUCAAGUCAGUAGGAAGAAUGGUUGCCUAUGUUGAUCUUGAGGCUAAUCCUUCUGUUGGGAAGGAUCAACCUCCGGAUUUAGCUGCUUUAGUUCCAUCUGACAACACUUCACGCAUAACAGAUGUUAUGGAAAAAACAGCUUCUUUGAAGAUUGACAGCAACCCAGUCUCUGCUACUGCCAAAGCAUCAAAGGUUUCCAAGAAGGAGAAAAUGGUGAAUACUGCAAACUCUUUUGCUGAUCCUGAAAAGUUUAUUCAAGAGAUAGUAGAGAAAGCAUCAGCCAUUGUUCUUUCCGAGAUGAAGGACGAAAACAUUAAGCAACAUGGCAAUGGGGAACAACUUGGUGGUGUGGUAUCCAGCCAUCUAAAGAAGAAUCUUAGCUUGGAAUUGAAAAAUCUAGCUACGAUGUUUAAAAAUACAGCCUACACAGAAGGCUUUGUUGCUGGUACCCGCUGCCCAGCCAAAAGGUGAAGGAAAUUGUUUGUCAAAUCAUGGAUGGGAAUUCGGAUGCUACACUAUUAUUAUUAUUUUUUCUUUAUACGUUUUUGAGGAUUUAUUGCAACUGCAGUUGGUUGUUUGUUUUUGAGCAUGAGACGCUGCAAUUGUUGUGUGAUGUGAGGGACACCAAGAAUCCUGGUAUUGGAAACUAGAAUGUUUACUUAGUAUUGUACCUUAGUUGCAUCUACUUCCAUUAUCUAUCUACAUCUUAUAUUCAUCCCCAAA